AUAUUUAUCAUUGAAAAUAUAAAGCAAUAUACAAAUAUGCAUUAUUUAUAUGCAUUACAUAUUUUACAUUGUACACAAAAUAUUUUGUGUGCAAAUUAUGCAUCAUUUUACAUUCAACCAUUGUUAAAUAUUUGUGACAUUCGCAUAUAUAAUAAUGAUGAAAGUGAAAUAAAAUUUAAAGGAAAGAUAGCAUCAGAUUGUUAUAUAUUACUUGCAAAACUUAUAAAUCAAUUUUUUAUCAAAAGUGGAAAUUGAAAUGUGGCCUCAGAAAAUUGAUUGGAAUAAAAAUAUUUCUUAUUUAUUUGAAAUGGGAGGAAAUGAAAUUGUUCCAGAAAUAGCAUUAAUAUUGAAAACAAUGGUUAAUAAGGGAGCAAUGCAAAAUCUAGAAAAUAAGUUAAAUUUAGAAUCUAUUUUUACUGAUUGUUGGAAGACCACAUUAUUGAGUACAAAGAACAAAACUUACUUCCUAGCAAUAGAAAAUCUUAUAGGAGUUAUUAUAAAUAAUAAUUUUUUAAUACUACCCAAUAUUAAGAAUUUUGUAAACAAUUUUAUCAAUCAAUUACUUGAAGAAAGUAAUAAUGUAUCAAAAUUAAAAAAAUUUUUAUUAAAUGAAAUGAGAUUAUUAAAUACAUAUUGUUUAAAAAAUUUGCAAGAACCAUUAUUAGCAUGUCUACUUCAUGGACCUGUACUUCGAAAAGACAAACAAAUAGAAAAUCAAGUUUAUUUAUAUAUUAUAAAAAAUUAUCAAAAUUGUUAUCCACAACACAUACAAAUAAUAGAUUAUAAUAUCAGAGCAACUUCUGUUAUUCUGUUACAUAAAAUAAUUAAUGAAGAUAAAGAAUUUGCAUCAAUAUUUCUUCCAAUUAUUUUACAAAAAUUAGAAAAAUACAAAAAUAAACGAUAUUUUAAUUAUUCUUAUAUACAUAAAAUAAAACAUAGAAUUAUGCAAAUUUUGUUAAUAAUGCAGCCAAUUUUAAUUAAGGAUGAUAUUAUAACAUUACAAGAAUUUCUUUUAAAUUUAUUACUUUUGGAAAGUAAUCAACAUAGUGUUAGAAUAAUGCAAGAAUGGAUAUUAAUAAAAAUUUUUGUAGAAAAUGUGGAAUUUCAUCCUAAAAUCUGGGAAUUUUUUGAAAAGGGUAUUACAAUACGUCCAGGAUGUGUUAGUUCCAUAAUAUGUAUUGUUUAUCAUAUUUCUAAACUUCUUUCUAAAGAUUCUCAAAGCAAUUUUAUUUUAAUAGCAUUGAAUUAUAUUGCCCGUUGUUGUUUAGGACAACAAUAUAAUAUGCGUCUUUAUGCUCAGAUUAUUUUUGUAAAAUUGUAUAAAAUGUUGGAACAAUUAAAUUCUGAUCAUGUUAUGUUACAAUAUGAAGGAUUAUAUAAUGCUGCAAUUACAAGUUUAAAAGAUGGAUUAAUAAGAAAUUCAAGUAAAAUUGAAGAUGAUUUUUAUCUUUCUACAUUUCAUCCUAUAUUGGAUUAUACCUUACAAACAAUUUAUUUUGAAUUACCUCGAUUGACUGAUAUGGAUGCAAGUGAAUGGAUAACUCCAAAUUUCUUUACUAUUUUGAAUUUCAAAAAAUUUAAUGGUCAUGCACUUCAACUGUAUAAUUUAAAUAAAUCAUUAUCUGAUAUUAAAACAUCAUCAUAUUUAAUGAAACGUUCAGGUGAUACAGAGCCAUUCAUAAAAAAAAGUAAUAUGGACUUUGAAGAAUUAAGUGAUAUUCAAAAAAAAUAUCCUAUAAUGUCUGUCAAUUUAUCACAUAAUGAUAUUUUUCCAACAAUCAGAGAAUCUAUUUCUCAUAAAAGAACAUUGGAUGAAGAAAGCCUUAUAGUUGUAGCAUGUCUUCUUAGUCGUAUUCCAAAUUUAGGAGGACUUGCUCGUACUUGUGAAAUUUUUAAUGUCAAAGAAUUAGUUAUUGCUAAUUUGAAUCAAGUUAAAGAUAAAGAAUUUCAAAAUCUUAGUGUAUCAGCUGAAAAUUGGAUAAAUAUUACAGAGAUAAAACCAUAUAAAUUAUGUAAAUAUUUGUUGGAUAAAAAAGAUAUGGGAUGGUCUUUGGUAGGAGUGGAACAAACAGCUAAUAGUAUAAAUUUAUUAAAUAUGAAGUUUGAAAAAAAAACAAUUCUUGUUUUAGGAAAUGAAAAGAGUGGAAUUCCUGCAAAUUUGAUACCUUUGUUUGAUACUUGUAUAGAAAUACCACAAGCUGGUGUAAUUCGAUCAUUAAAUGUUCAUGUUAGUGGAGCAAUAUGUAUAUGGCAAUAUGCAAAACAACAUAUAUUAACAUAGUCUUAUUUUUUAUCAUAAUAAAUAACUAUCUAAUAUUAUGUCUAAUAUUAAUUUUUUAUAAAUAGAAUAUAAAUUUUUUGUUUAACCAAAUUUUUAUUAAAUAAUAGAAUAAAAAAUGCUUUAUUAAAUAAUA